AUGACUGUAAUGAUCACUGUUCACAUUUUAGUGGAAGAUGUUGCAGCGGGGAAAUCAUUCACCUUCCAUUGUGGUCAAUGGAUAAGUGCUGAUCAAGACGGUGCUACAGCUUCUCUGCAUCUCCAACCAGCAGAAGUUAAGGAUCCUCUUCCAGUAGUUCCAGAUCAGAAAUUCGAAAUGACCUUCUUCACAAAAUGCGAUAAACCCAUAAUGAGCAAACUGGCAGACAUAUACUUCCGAUUGUUUGGACCCAAAGAGAAAAAUUUCGACGAAGAAGCCUUUAAUAAAUCUAUUAUUGAGGGUGACUUUUUGCCACCAAAUAAACGUUGUUCUCCCAUAAUCUGUAUUCCAGGAGAGCAUUUGAAACCCACGGGAGAAUCGGUGGUCAAAUUCCAAAUUAAUGGUUGCCAUAGACUGUCACCGAGCUCAAAACUAGCCCUUGGACAUGAUGCUCCUCAAAUGUCUUCCGAUUGGUUUGUUGAAAAGGUCAUGCUUUACUGCUUGAAUACGGGAAUUACUCAAAUCUUCCACUGCAACAAAUGGUUCCCUUUCACUGAAAAAUCAACUAAAAGAAAAAUAAACUCUCAGUACACUGUGGAACCAUCUAAAAGGCCAUCAUCUUCGAUCAUCCUUAAAACUUUUACGCUUGUGACUGUUUGGUUGGAGUUUACCCUUCAAGACGACUACAUAAAAUUUGAUUUGGUUGUGAUUUUCAACUAUGAAGCCUGGCAUUAUAAGGUGAUUGUGUAUACCGGCCAGCAGUCAGCUGAAAAAUUAUCUUCUAACGUGUAUAUAAACAUAUUUGGAACAAUAUCUGAUUCUGGCAAUCGUCAACUGCGUAGCAGAGAAGCUUUUGCUAGAGGAAAGGUCGAUGAAUUCGUGAUAGAAGCUGUGAAGUUGGGAAGGUUGGAGAAGGUAAGAAUAGGUCACGAUGGUAGAGGACCGACUUCAAAAUGGCAUUUGGAAAAGAUAAUUGUUGAAGAAAUGGAGGAUACCGAUAAUGCAAUCGAAAUCGACUUUAAUGAUUGGGUCGAUCGAAAACAGCCAAAUGGGUUGUUCGAAAUUGAGCUCUAUCCAAAGCAAACAUCCGAAGGAGUGAACUAUACUUUGCACACCGUGACGGGUGAAAUACUUAAAGCAGAUACAAAUGCCACUGUACUCAUUUCUCUUGUGGGCGACGCUGGUGAAACACAAUUUGUACCUCUGAAGGACUCCCCGUCUCCGUCAGGUCCAUUCCGACUCGGUCAAGAGGACAUUUUCCAAUUCCAGGCGCCUUUCAUUGGAAAGAUGAAAAUGGCCAAAAUUUUGUUGGAAAGAAAGGACACAAAUGCCACCUGGUACCUAAAGAAACUCUCCUUAACGGUGAAUGAAUUCUCCCUUCGAUAUUUCUUCAACGUUGAACGGUGGCUUUCUUUAAACCAUAACGAGGACAAAAUGGAAUUCUCACUUCAGCCUACAUCAGUCGAAAGACUCUUCAAUGUGGUUCCUUAUGAAAUCACCUUCUAUACGGGACAUGAAAUUGGAAGCGGUACAGAUGCCCUAGUGUACCUGCAAUUGUACGGCGACAGGGGUGCACUGAGAACUGAAACCAUGCUGUUUAACUCCGACGGGAAGAAAUUUGGCACUGGUGAAACCGUCACAUUUAAUGUCUAUACCAGCGAGGUUGGUGACAUCACAAAGAUUCGGGUGGGUCACAAUGGACAGGGACCCUCGGCAAAUUGGCUUCUGGAGAAAAUUCGAAUUCGCAAAAUUGCAACUCACGUUUGUUCUCACUGCUUAUUGGAACUCUGUCCUAACAUGCGGUUAUCGCAGAAAUCAGCGUCAAAUGAAUCUGGAAAAUGUGAAAAUAGUCGAUGCAGUUGUCAUUUAGAGAACGCGAGAAUUUCUGAAGAGACGCCUCUUCUAACUUUGCACAAUCGACCACAUGAAGAGUUUUGGUUCUUUGCAAAUGAUUGGAUACCACCUCGGGAUGUUGAAAAUGGACAGAACUUCUGUGAAUUGCUUCCUGCCUCCGCAAAACAAACCCCACUUUCAGAUCGCAAAAAAACCGUCUAUGAAGUCCGUGUAAGGACAUCUAACGAGUCUGGUGCUGGAACAACUUCUCAAGCAUAUCUGACAUUCAUCGGUGAAACCUCCGAAUCUGGUGAUUUUGUCCUUCAUAAUCCCAAAGGACAACUUCUGUCUCAAGGCCGAGAAGCCAUUUUCAGGCUUGAAGCAAUCGAUCUUGGUAAAAUUAGUAAAAUUCGAUUACGACAUGACAACACUGGCACCAGCCCUGAUUGGCAUGUUCAAGACGUAAUCGUGACUGAGUUCAAUGGUGUAAAGGAACGCGAAUAUCUCUUCCACUGCAAUCAAUGGUUGGCAGCCUCUACUGUUGGCUCUGGUCAUCUUAUUAAAGAAUUCCCCGUCUCUCGGACUAAACAGUCACGAGAGAGUGAAAAAAAAUUGCCUAAUGAUGAAGAUGUCCCAGGAAAAACUGCACUUGCAGAGAAAAAUCAAUUACCUACCUCCAAUUCCUUCCCUAAUAAGCAUUGUCCAAGAGAUUCGCUGGACGAUGCAAAUGUACAAGUAAAAAACUUAACAACGGCUCUUCCUCAACCAUUGACUUACAGAGUUAGCAUAGUCACAGGAGCAAACGCGGAAGCGGGAACUUCAAGCGAAGUCUACUUGAUUUUGCAAGGAGAUAAGGGUAGUACUGGAAAGAUCAUCCUGAACAACGCAUCGCCCACAAAUGGUGUAACUGGGAAAAGGAAAUUUCAAACAGGAAAUACGGAUAACUUCCUUAUCAGCAUGCCAGACAUUGGAGUAUUAACGAACAUUAGACUAGGUCACAAUAAUUCGGGCCCGUCUCCAUCCUGGUACGUUGAUAAAUUGGAAGUAGAGUCUAAAGAGAGUGGAUCGGUAGUCGAGUACCCCUGCAACCAGUGGAUAGGGAAAUCCGGUCAAUAUGGAGAUGCCUACGUUGAUUUGAGCUCGCAGUUGUUCUCUUCCAGCCCAUUUGGAACAUCCGUAUUCUAUGAAUUCAAAAUCUACACCAGUGAUGUCCUAAAUGCCUGGACAGAUGCUAAUGUGUUUGCGACUCUAACAGGAGCUAACGGUCGUCAUACAUCAGAAGUUCGGCUGAACGGAAAUUUCGAAAGAGGCGAACGCGAAGUACUCUACAUAAAACUAGAAGAUGUUGGUGAACCCCUUCAAAAUCUUCGCAUAAAACACGACAAUUCUGGGUUCAAUCCAGCUUGGCAUUUAGAUUGCGUCGAGGUACGACCAACGGGAAGCAAGUUGUCAGAGAAUGAAGCCUACAUUUUUGCAUGCAAUCGUUGGCUCUCGGAUAUUUGCGGAACAGAAGUCGUACUGAAUGCCAGAGUAGGCAAAAUGAGAAAUUGGGUCGCAACUAAAGGAGGCAGGAAAACUACCUAUGAAAUUGCUGUGACAACGGGUGACAUUAGAAAUGCUGGCACAACCUCUCGAGUGUUUCUCAGCAUGAUCGAUGCUGAUGGACGCAAAGAAGAGCGGCAGCUAACAUCGACGAAAUCCCCCAAGAGGUUGUUCCACUCUGGGCAGACUGACGUAUUCGUAUGGGAGAACGUUCCACUAAAUGAAAUUAGGACGAUAUGCUUACGUCAUGAUAACAGUGGAAUUUCGCCAGCCUGGUUUAUCAAAGAGGUCGUUGUUAGUCAGAUAACAUCAAGUGGAAUUCGUGAACAAAUUCAGAAGUUCAUUUGUAACCGAUGGAUUAGCUAUAACGGUGAAGAGUUUACAACAAUUCCUCAAUCAUCUCUAAGUUCUUCAUCGCCUUCAUCGUCCUUAGAAGAUUUAUCUACACCGAGAAAUAAACUUUCAUCUACACCUCAACUUAAUCUUAUGUCGGCGCUAAAAUCUGAUGACCUUGGAAAUAUAGGGAGCUUAAAUGGCUCACAGCAGCGUCCAACUUUAAAUGACUACGAUGAUGGUGCUCGAUCAAAUAUUCCUCCUGUUUCCAUGGGUUCUUUCCAACCUGUAUCGGGGUCCGAUGAAGAAGAUAUGCUUUCCAUGACUGAAGACGAAGAAGAAGUUCCAUAUAAAAUUACUCUGGAGACUGGAAGACAUGCGGAUGCCGGAACCAGUGGUCCUAUUUUAAUGAAUCUUGUGGGAUCGAAUGGUGCUUCUACGGGUUGGCUUUUCUUCCAGACACUAACUGGAAAUACAGAACUGCCUGCGGGUUCGCACAAAACCUUCGUCUUUAGUGCACCACCAUUAACGGAGAUCAAGGCUAUUGAGAUUUAUGAUCAAUCAGAGAAGCAAUCUGGAUCUGGUUGGUACUUGAAGCACAUGGUCGUUGAGAUUCCUAGUAGGAAAAUGACCUACGAUAUUCCCUGCGAUUUCUGGGUGACAAAUAGGAAAGACGGCAAUAGGGCAUAUCACAGAAUCACUAUAUCUCCCGAAUACUUAGUCGAGAAAGAAUCCGUUGUGUCAAAGGAGAGGCAAACUUUCACCCUCAAGUUGUGGUUAGAUGGCCAGAUGCCUCCAAAUUUGGGGCCCAAUAUUGCGCUGCAAAUCAUUGGGAAUUACGGUGUGACAACUGACAUUGAAGUGAUUAAUCAGGACUGGGUUGCACAAACCCGACUGUUGAUGCUGCAGUUCUAUGCCAAGGAGGAUGUGAAUCUCAUCUCGCGCAUAAAAAUUAUGUUCGAGUCAAAUAGUGAUGGAGAAAGACAAAUUGAUUGGUGGAUUUCGAAUGCUAUUCUAGAACUGGAGGAUGGAACGGUAAAAAAGCGAUACUUCUUCACGGAAUGGCAGUUUAACUUCAAUCAGCGCUUGUCCCGAACCUGCGAAUUAACAAGCACACCGCCAGUAAAACCGCCCGUUACAGCUUACAAAAUCCGAGUGAAGACAUCAAAUCUUCCAGACGCAGGAACAAAUGCCGACGUCUUUAUUCGUUUACUUGGUGACAAAUUUCAAUCCAUGGAUAUUCAUCUGAAGGACUCAGAGUCCAAUAUCAAGCCAUUUGAAAAGAAUCAGAUAGAUCAGUUCACUAUCAGUAAUCUUCCCGAUCUCGGCGAAUUGAAUGGAUGCCUUCUUUGGCACGAUAGCCGAAUGGAACCUGAAUCCUGGAAUUGUGAAUGGAUCUACGUGACUGAGAUACUGCCAGAAGGAAGUUUCAUCCCCCCACAAAGUUGGUACUUCCCUUGCAAUCAGUGGAUUCGAAGUGAUGGGAGCUCUCAGGUGGUUCCAGUUGACCUGUUUCCUAUGGAUAUCAAAGCAGCUCCUGCAAAUGCCCUGCAAAGAAAUGACCAUGGUCUCUCUCCGAUCGCUGAAGAAGAUGAUGAAAGUAUUAGCGCAGCCAAGAAAUUGUUUCAUGAGGUUGAGAAAACAGAAUACACCGUAGAAGUGGAAACCAGUACUGCGAUGGAAGCUGGAACGGACCAUCUUGGUUGGAUUAUAAUCAAAGGAAGACGCGGCUUGUCACCAGUUCUUGAACUCAAAGAUUCCUACGGAAGUUCAACACUGCAGAGAGGCUCUAGUAAAACGUUCAGCAUCACUUGUGAGCCACUGGGACUGAUCCAACAGGUCUAUGUCGGUCUUUACGACCCUGAUGCCUUCAUGGAUGAUUCUGACGAAGAACCAAAGUACGUUAAUCUUCAGCUAAAUCGGCACAACCAGUGGAAUUGCAGGCGUAUCUUAGUGACAGACAGUAAAGACGGCGAGACGUACGUCUUCAACAUUCACCAAUGGAUAAUUGCAACACCUGCUAUCGACCGCUAUAAUGCCAUUGCUGCAAGACCGGCUGAAUUGCGAUAUGUGAGAUCUCCGGCAUCGAGCAAUUUCAAUUCAAGCAGAGCACCAAAGGUGACUUACAAGAUUGUAGUUGAAACCGGAGAUAUGUUAAAUGCUGGAACGACUGCAAAUGUAUACAUAACUCUCUAUGGUGAACAGAGUGGAGCGACAUCAGGUUCUCAGCGUCUUCAAAGAACUACAAAUCAAACGUUCGCCCAAGGACGGGUGGACACCUUCUUCGUUUUCUGCGCUAAGUUAGGUUAG